CGGCAACUGCCUUGUUGUCAUCCAGCUUUCCUACUGCAAGGAGGCUGAAGGAUGGGGCUUUUAAAGAAACGUCACUGCAACUAGAUCCAGGGGUGCAGCCUGACUCACUGCAGCACAAUGCAGCUGCCUGUGCAUCAGGGACAGACACAAGGGAAAGCAGCCACCAGCGCCGCUGCUGCCGGCACACAGAGCUGGUCACUGGGAGCGUUUCUGAACUGAGGAUCUGUAGAAGCUUGGAAAUUCCUCCUACAACUGGGUCGGGGCCCAGUGAGGUGGGGCUCAGGUCGAGGCUGUAGACAGGAGGCGGUGCUCCCAGCCCACCUCUCACCCUACCGCGCCUUGGGAGAGCUGGGAACUAGGCUGUUCACAGGGUCAGGGAGGCCAGCCCAGGACCCUCCCUCCCUGGGGAAAACAAUCGCAAGGGUGCUGGUUCUCCUUGGACCAUACCUGGCUAGAGCAAAGCCUGUGAGCAGCCUGCAGCAGGCGCUUCUGGUUAUGGCAGCUCAGAAAUGAAAGCAGCAGCCACGCCUCUGAGAGCUGCAGGGAGAGCUGUGCCCAGCAAAUGAGAAAAAUAAGAACUAAUCCUGGACUCAGAGGAAGAGGCGCGCGCGGAGCAUCUCUCUCCUGCUCCUUGGUGUCCUUUACAUGAGGACUCCCUGCCCUCUGGGUGGUAAAUCUGCAGAACCUUCCUCUGUGCUCUGACCCCCUGCUGACAUCACUAACCUGUGACAGAAACAUCCCCACCCGGUACCUGCGGCUCCCAGCCCAGCCUGGAGCCUCUUUGUAUGCCGCGGACAUGGCCAGCCAGCAGGACUCUGGCUUCUUUGAGAUCAGCAUCAAAUAUUUACUGAAAUCCUGGAGUAAUACUUCUCCUGUCGGCAACGGUUAUAUCAAGCCUCCAGUUCCACCUGUGUCUGGUACACAAAGGGAAAAAGGGCCACCAACCAUGUUACCCAUCAAUGUGGACCCAGACAGCAAACCAGGGGAAUAUGUCCUCAAGAGUUUGUUUGUCAACUUCACCACCCAGGCUGAGCGCAAGAUUCGCAUCAUCAUGGCAGAACCACUGGAAAAGCCAUUGACGAAAUCCCUACAACGUGGAGAAGACCUGCAAUUUGAUCAAGUCAUCAGCUCAAUGAGCUCUCUUUCUGAGUACUGCCUGCCUUCCAUUCUGCGCACAUUGUUUGACUGGUAUAAAAGGCAAAAUGACAUUGAGGAUGAAUCACACGAAUACAGACCAAGAACAAGCAAUAAAUCAAAAAGUGAUGAACAGCAGCGAGAUUAUUUAAUGGAAAGACGGGACCUCGCCAUUGAUUUUAUUUUUUCUUUAGUAUUAAUAGAAGUUUUAAAACAGAUUCCACUUCAUCCUGUAUUAGACAGUUUAAUACAUGACGUUAUUAACUUGGCUUUCAAGCACUUUAAAUACAAAGAAGGGUACCUUGGUCCUAACACUGGUAAUAUGCACAUUGUGGCAGACCUGUAUGCAGAAGUCAUUGGAGUGCUGGCACAAGCUAAAUUCCAUUCUGUGAAGAAGAAAUUUAUGGCAGAGCUCAAAGAAUUACGACACAAGGAGCAGAGCCCAUAUGUUGUUCAAAGCAUCAUCAGCCUGAUAAUGGGGAUGAAAUUUUUUCGGAUUAAGAUGUACCCAGUGGAGGACUUUGAGGCCUCUCUUCAGUUUAUGCAGGAAUGUGCACAUUAUUUCCUGGAGGUCAAAGACAAAGACAUCAAGCAUGCCCUGGCCGGGCUUUUUGUUGAAAUUCUUGUCCCAGUUGCUGCUGCUGUUAAAAAUGAAGUCAAUGUCCCCUGCCUUAGGAACUUUGUUGAAAGCCUGUAUGAUACCACGCUGGAACUUUCUUCUCGAAAGAAGCAUUCCUUGGCCUUGUACCCCCUGGUCACCUGUCUGCUCUGUGUCAGUCAGAAGCAGCUGUUCUUGAACAGGUGGCACAUUUUCCUCAACAACUGCUUAUCCAACCUUAAGAAUAAAGACCCCAAGAUGGCUCGAGUUGCACUGGAAUCUCUGUACAGAUUACUUUGGGUUUACAUGAUUCGAAUUAAAUGUGAAAGCAACACAGCUACUCAGAGCCGCCUUAUCACCAUCGUCACAACACUAUUCCCCAAAGGGUCUCGUGGUGUGGUGCCAAGGGAUAUGCCUCUGAACAUCUUUGUGAAAAUUAUUCAAUUCAUUGCCCAGGAACGUUUAGAUUUUGCAAUGAAAGAAAUCAUUUUUGAUUUUCUUUGUGUGGGAAAGCCAGCAAAAGCUUUCAGUCUCAACCCAGAGAGAAUGAACAUCGGUUUAAGGGCCUUCUUGGUCAUAGCUGAUAGCUUACAGCAGAAAGACGGUGAACCACCCAUGCCCGUUACAGGCGCUGUCCUCCCAUCAGGAAACACGUUGAGAGUGAAGAAAACAUAUUUGAGUAAAACACUCACUGAAGAGGAGGCCAAAAUGAUAGGCAUGUCAUUAUAUUAUUCUCAAGUACGAAAAGCUGUGGACAGCAUUUUAAGGCACCUUGAUAAAGAAGUAGGAAGGUGUAUGAUGCUAACUAACGUCCAGAUGUUAAACAAAGAACCUGAGGACAUGAUCACGGGUGAGAGAAAGCCCAAAAUAGACCUUUUCAGGACAUGUGUUGCUGCUAUUCCCCGGCUGCUUCCUGAUGGGAUGUCAAAACUUGAACUCAUUGACUUGCUGGCUAGGCUCUCCAUUCACAUGGAUGAUGAACUGCGCCAUAUUGCACAAAAUUCUCUUCAGGGUUUGCUGGUUGACUUCCCAGACUGGAGGGAAGAUGUCCUGUUUGGCUUCACCACCUUCCUGCUCCGUGAAGUAAAUGACAUGCAUUACAGCCUCCUGGACUCCUCCCUGAAGUUACUGCUCCAGCUGCUCACCCAGUGGAAACUGGUCAUACAAACUCAGGGAAAAGUCUACGAGCAAGCCAACAAAAUCAGAAAUUCAGAGUUUAUUGCAAAUGGCUCCAGCCACCGAAUGCAGUCGGAACGAAGUCCCCAUUGCAGUGUCCUCCAUGCUGUGGAAGGCUUUGCUCUGGUUUUACUCUGCAGUUUUCAGGUGGCCACACGCAAACUGUCCGUUUUAAUACUCAAGGAAAUCCGAGCUUUAUUUCUUGUCCUGGGUCAGCCUGAGGAUGACGACAGGCCUAUGAUUGAUGUCAUGGAUCAGCUAAGUUCUUCCAUUCUUGAAAGUUUUAUUCAUGUAGCAGUUUCGGACUCAGCCACCUUACCACUGACCCAUAGUGUGGAUCUUCAGUGGUUGGUGGAGUGGAAUGCAGUCCUGGUCAACAGCCAUUAUGAUGUGAAGAGCCCAUCCCACGUCUGGAUAUUCGCUCAGUCUGUCAAAGACCCCUGGGUCCUCUGUCUGUUUAGUUUCCUGCGGCAGGAGAACUUGCCCAAGCAUUGCCCCACGGCCCUCAGCUAUGCCUGGCCCUAUGCCUUCACUCGGCUCCAGUCAGUCAUGCCCCUGGUGGACCCCAAUAGCCCAAUUAAUGCCAAGAAAACCAGCACUGCUGGCAGCGGAGACAGCUAUGUGACCUUGUGGAGGAACUACCUCAUUCUUUGCUUUGGAGUUGCAAAACCCAGUAUCAUGAGCCCGGGACACUUACGAGCUUCGACUCCAGAAAUAAUGGCGACCACGCCUGAUGGUACAGUGAGCUACGAUAACAAGGCCAUGGGCACCCCAUCGGUGGGAGUUUUGUUAAAGCAGUUGGUGCCUUUGAUGAGACUAGAGGGCAUUGAAAUCACAGAGUCCUUAGUUUUAGGAUUUGGAAGAACAAAUUCCCUUGUUUUCAGAGAAUUGGUAGAAGAACUUCAUCCAUUAAUGAAAGAAGCUCUGGAACGAAGACCCGAGAACAAAAAACGCCGAGAACGGCGGGACUUGUUAAGACUACAGUUACUUCGAAUUUUCGAACUUCUGGCUGAUGCUGGUGUAAUAAGUGACAGCACAAAUGGAGCCUUAGAACGGGAUACUUUAGCCCUUGGAGCUUUGUUCCUAGAGUAUGUAGACCUGACCCGCAUGCUGCUAGAAGCUGAAAAUGAUAAAGAAGUUGAAAUUCUUAAAGAUAUCCGGGCACAUUUUAGUGCCAUGGUCGCCAACUUGAUUCAAUGUGUUCCAGUUCACCACAGGAGAUUUCUCUUCCCCCAGCAAAGCCUGAGGCACCAUCUUUUCAUCUUAUUCAGCCAGUGGGCAGGGCCCUUCAGCAUUAUGUUCACACCCCUGGAUCGAUACAGUGACAGGAACCAUCAGAUCACAAGAUACCAGUAUUGUGCCUUAAAGGCAAUGUCAGCAGUGUUGUGCUGCGGCCCUGUGUUUGACAACGUGGGCCUUUCCCCAGAUGGCUACCUGUAUAAGUGGCUUGACAACAUUCUGGCUUGUCAAGAUUUACGAGUUCAUCAACUUGGCUGUGAAGUUGUCGUCUUACUCUUGGAACUUAAUCCUGACCAAAUAAAUCUUUUUAAUUGGGCAAUUGACCGAUGCUACACAGGUUCCUACCAACUUGCAUCUGGCUGCUUCAAAGCCAUAGCAACUGUAUGUGGAAGCAGGAACUAUCCCUUCGACAUAGUGACAUUGUUAAACCUUGUUCUAUUUAAGGCCUCUGACACCAACAGAGAGACCUAUGAAAUCUCCAUGCAGCUCAUGCAGAUCCUUGAAGCAAAGCUUUUUGUUUACUCAAAGAAAGUAGCUGAACAAAGACCUGGCAGUAUUCUCUAUGGAACCCACAGCCCAUUGCCACCCCUCUACAGCAUGUCCCUAGCCCUCUUGUCAUGUGAACUGGCCAGGAUGUAUCCCGAGCUCACUCUCCCGCUCUUCUCAGAGGUAAGCCAGAGGUUCCCCACAACGCACCCAAAUGGGCGUCAGAUUAUGCUCACCUACCUGCUGCCCUGGCUGCACAACAUCGAGCUGGUGGACAGCAAACUCCUCCUCCCAGGGUCGAGCCCCAGUAAUCCAGAGGAUGACAGCAAGAACCAGGAAGGAGAAGUGACCACUUCUCAUGGGCUGAAAGGGAAUGGCUGGGGCUCCCCAGAAGCUACGUCUCUAGUCCUGAAUAACCUCAUGUACAUGACGGCGAAGUAUGGGGAUGAAGUUCCUGGACCGGAAAUGGAAAAUGUUUGGAAUGCUCUAGUCAACAAUGAGAAGUGGAGUAACAACUUGAGGGUCACCCUGCAGUUUCUGAUCAGCCUGUGUGGGGUUAGCAGUGACACACUUCUCUUGCCCUAUAUUAAAAAGGUGGUGAUAUACUUGUGCCGUAAUAACACCAUUCAAACCAUGGAAGAGCUGCUCUUCGAGCUGCAGCAGACGGAGCCCGUGAACCCCAUCGUCCAGCACUGUGACAACCCACCGUUCUACCACUUUGCUGCCAGCAGCAAGGUCUCCGCAGCAGCCUCUGGAACCACCUCCAGCAGCAACACAGUGGUUGCCGGCCAGGACAGUUUCCCAGACGCUGAGGAGGGCAAGAUCUUGAAAGAGUCUGAUGAGAGGUUUAAUAACGUCAUCAGAGCCCAUACUCGCCUGGAGUCAAGGUACAGCAAUAGCUCUGGAGGGUCGUAUGAUGAGGAUAAAAAUGACCCAAUAUCUCCCUACCUGGGAUGGCUGUUAACUAUCACAGAGACCAAACAGCCACAGCCCUUACCAAUGCCUUCUACUGGGGGAUGCUGGGCCCCCCUGGUUGACUACCUCCCAGAAACCAUCACCCCUAGGGGACCACUCCACAGGUGCAAUAUUGCUGUGAUUUUUAUGACUGAGAUGGUGGUAGAUCACAGUGUAAGAGAAGACUGGGCUCUUCACCUGCCGUUAUUACUUCAUGCUGUCUUCUUAGGAUUGGACCAUUACCGGCCUGAAGUCUUCGAACACAGCAAAAAUUUGCUUCUUCAUCUCUUGAUUGCACUGUCCUGCAACAGCAAUUUCCAUGCCAUCGCCUCUGUGCUCCUGCAGACUCGAGAAAUGGGGGAAACUAAGACUCUAACAGUCCAGCCAGCUUAUCAACCUGAGUAUCUCUACACAGGUGGCUUUGACUUCCUGAGGGAGGACCAGUCAUCACCAGUGCCAGACUCGGGGCUGAGCUCCAGUUCCACCUCUUCCAGCAUCAGUCUGGGAGGCAGCAGCGGGAACCUCCCACAGAUGUCCCAAGAGGUAGAAGACGUAGACACCACUGUUGAAACAGAUGAGAAGGCCAACAAGCUCAUUGAGUUCCUGACAACCAGGGCAUUCGGUCCACUUUGGUGCCAUGAAGACAUCACACCCAAAAAUCAGAAUUCAAAGAGUGCUGAACAACUCACAAAUUUUCUACGGCACGUUUUGUCCGUAUUUAAAGAUUCUAAAUCAGGCUUCCGUCUGGAGCAACACUUGAGUGAGGUGGCAUUGCAGACAGCCCUGGCAAGUUCUUCAAGGCACUAUGCCUGUCGGUCCUUCCAGAUAUUCCGGGCAAUCAAACAACCUCUGUCAGCGCAUGCCUUGUCUGACCUUCUCUCCAGACUGGUGGAGGUGAUUGGAGAACAUGGCGAUGAGAUUCAGGGUUACGUAAUGGAAGCACUCCUGACUUUGGAAGCUGCCGUGGAUAACUUGUCUGACUGCUUGAAGAACAGUGAUCUCUUAACUGUAUUAUCUCGUUCUUCAUCACCAGAUUUAAGCUCUAGCACUAAACUUACAGCAAGCAGAAAGAGCACAGGACAACUAAAUGUGAACCCUGGAACAGGUAGUGGCAACACAGCAACUGCAGAACGGAGCCGGCAUCAGAGAAGCUUCUCUGUGCCCAAGAAGUUUGGUGUUAUCGACCGAUCCUCAGACCCACCUCGGAGUGCCACACUGGACAGAAUUCAGGCUUGUACCCAGCAAGGUCUCUCCUCAAAAACCAGGAGCUCAUCCUCCUUGAAGGACAGCCUCACAGACCCAUCACACAUAAACCAUCCAACCAACCUGUUGGCCACCAUCUUUUGGGUCACAGUGGCCUUGAUGGAAUCUGAUUUUGAGUUUGAAUACCUCAUGGCCUUAAGGCUGUUGUACAGACUUCUGGCUCACAUGCCACUCGAUAAAGCUGAGAAUCGAGAAAAACUUGAGAAACUCCAGGCACAGCUCAAGUGGUCAGACUUCUCAGGGUUACAGCAGCUGCUGCUGAAAGGGUUCACCUCCCUCACCACCACAGACCUGACCCAGCAGCUUUUCAGUUUGCUGACACCAGUGUCCAAAGUAUCCAUGGUGGACUCAUCCCAAGCCAUCGGGUUUCCUUUGAAUGUCCUGUGUCUCCUGCCCCAGCUGAUUCAGCACUUUGAAAACCCAAGCCAGUUCUGUAAGGAUAUAGCCAACAGGAUUGCUCAGGUUUGUUUGGAAGAGAAGAAUCCCAAACUUUCAAAUCUUGCACAUGUCAUGACUCUUUAUAAAACACACAGCUAUACGAGGGACUGUGCCACCUGGGUCAACGUGGUCUGCCGGUACCUUCAUGAAGCAUAUGCUGACAUCACCUUGAACAUGGUUACCUAUCUGGCAGAGUUGCUGGAGAAAGGCCUCCCGAGCAUGCAGCAGCCCCUUCUCCAGGUCAUCUACAGCCUGCUCAGCUACAUGGACCUUUCAGUUGUUCCUGUAAAGCAGUUUAACGUGGAAGUUCUUAAGACCAUUGAGAAAUAUGUGCAAAGUGUUCACUGGAGAGAAGCUCUGAAUAUCUUGAAGCUGGUGGUUUCUCGGUCGGCCAGCCUCAUUUUGCCUUCCUACCAGCACAGUGACCUGUCAAAGAUAGAAAUACAUCGAGUAUGGACCAGUGCUUCUAAGGAAUUACCAGGGAAAACUCUGGACUUUCACUUUGACAUUUCAGAGACGCCAAUCAUUGGGAGGCGAUAUGAUGAACUGCAGAACUCUUCUGGCCGAGAUGGGAAGCCCAGGACUAUGGCUGUCACCCGGAGCACAUCCUCAACCUCAUCAGGCUCCAACUCCAAUGUCCUUGUUCCUGUGAGCUGGAAGAGACCCCAGUAUUCUCAGAAGAGGACAAAAGAGAAGUUGGUACAUGUCCUUUCUCUGUGUGGCCAAGAAGUAGGAUUGAGCAAAAAUCCAUCAGUAAUUUUUUCAUCAUGUGGGGACUUGGACCUGCUGGAGCAUCAGACAAGCUUGGUCUCUUCCGAGGAUGGUGCCCGAGAACCGGAGAACAUGGAUGACACAAACAGUGAGCAACAGUUCAGAGUCUUUAGAGACUUCGAUUUCCUGGAUGUAGAACUAGAGGACGGAGAGGGUGAGAGUAUGGACAACUUUAACUGGGGAGUACGCAGACGAUCUCUGGACAGCCUAGACAAGUGUGACAUGCAGCUUCUGGAGGAGCACCAGCUUUCAGGAAGUUCUCCCAGCCUAAAUAAAAUGAACCAUGAGGACUCUGAUGAAUCAUCUGAGGAGGAGGACCUGACCACCAGCCAAAUCCUAGAGCACUCAGACCUCAUCAUGAAUCUCUCCCCUUCUGAGGAGGUCAACCCUGUGGAAUCGCUCACUUCAGCCUGUGACAUGACCCCCGCUGACUCUCAUUCCUUUAGCACUAGAAUGGCUAGCUUUGACUCUUCUUUGCCUGAUAUGAAUAGUCUUCAGAUUUCUGAGGGUUCCAAGGCUGAAGCUGUACAGGAGGAGGAGGAGACCACCAUACAUGAAGAUGAUCUUUCUACUUCCAGAAGGACAUCACUUCUUGACGCAGUCAUCAUUUCUUCCAGCUUUGGAGAAGGUGACAGGAGAGCCUCUCCCCCACCCUCACCCUUCUUCUCGGCCAUCCUUGCUGCGUUUCAGCCUGCAGCCUGUGACGAUGCAGAGGAAGCCUGGCGCAGCCACAUCAACCAGCUCAUGUGCGACUCUGAUGGCUCCUGUGCUGUGUACACGUUUCACGUGUUCUCCUCCUUGUUUAAGAAUAUUCAGAAAAGGUUCUGCUUCCUAACCUGUGAUGCGGCCAGUUACCUUGGAGACAACCUCAGGGGGAUCGGGUCCAAGUUUGUCAGCUCCUCCCAAAUGCUCACCUCAUGCUCCGAGUGCCCCACGCUUUUCGUGGAUGCUGAGACUCUUCUUUCUUGUGGACUUCUGGACAAGCUUAAGUUCAGUGUUUUAGAACUGCAAGAAUAUCUAGACACCUACAACAACAGAAAAGAGGCCACUCUCUCAUGGCUUGCAAAUUGUAAGGCGACAUUUGCUGGAGGAUCAAGAGACGGCGUAAUUACCUGCCAACCAGGGGAUUCAGAAGAAAAGCAAUUGGAACUGUGUCAGAGGUUAUAUAAGCUACACUUCCAGCUGCUGCUGCUUUUUCAGUCCUACUGUAAGCUCAUCGGCCAGGUGCACGAAGUCAGUUCCAUGCCAGAGCUGCUAAAUAUGUCCAGGGAACUGAGUGACUUAAAGAAAAAUCUGAAGGAGGCCACUGCAGCCAUUGCAGCUGACCCUCUUUAUAUAGAGGGUGUGUGGUCUGAACCAACCUUCACAUCUACUGAAGCAGCCAUCCAGUCCAUGCUAGACUGCCUGAAGAACAAUGAACUUGGCAAGGCUUUACAUCAAAUCAGGGAAUGCAGAAGUCUUUGGCCCAAUGACAUCUUUGGAAGCAGUUCUGAUGAUGAGGUCCAGACACUACUGAAUAUAUAUUUCCGUCAUCAAACUCUAGGACAAACAGGUACUUACGCUUUGGUGGGGUCUAACCAGAGCCUGACCGAAAUCUGCACCAAGCUGAUGGAGCUGAACAUGGAGAUUCGAGAUAUGAUUCGCAGGGCCCAGAGUUAUCGAGUCCUCACUGCUUUUCUUCCAGACUCCAGUGUUUCCGGCACUAGUCUCUGACAGGAGCACCCUGUCAUCCAUGGGUCCCAAGACGGGUGUGCUGCCAUGCUUGGGUAACAUCACUCAGUAUCUUUUCAGCCUUCAGAAGACUUGAUCAGACUGUUCUCCCUCUUGUUACCUGUUGGACUUUUUCUAAAGGGGAUGACAGAACUUCCAACAUGUAGCAAUACUAAGAACCAAGGUAACAUAAAACAUUUGAGGACAGACUCCAUCUGCCAUGCUAUAUAGCACAAAUGUGUUAUUUUACUGAGCAAAUGCAACUCACUACUGAAGAAGUGACUUCUAUUGCAUACCAAAGUCGACUACCUUGAACAAUACCCUUCCUUUCUAGAAACUACUUUAGAUUGGCAAAAGUGCAAUGUUCCUUCACACACAAAAAAAAAUAUUAUAAAACUUGUACAUAUUCUUUCCCUUUAUUUUUCCUUUCUUUUCUUUCUUUUUUUGUGUGAACUGAGGAUGGGACAGGCAGAAUGAAGCUGGCCAUUGAAAACCAAAAGAUGGUCAAAAGCUGACAGCCUGUAUAUGUGAAAAGGGAAUUGUAAAUGGACAAUUUAAUGUACACUGUAAUUUGAAUACAAUUACUAUACCUAAAAGAGCUGCUAUGAAGUACCUUUCUUAUGUUGCUAGGCUACUGUUUCUUAAAACCAUGGAUCUCUUUGCAGGGGUCUGUGAUUAGGACCUUAUUACCAAAAAUUGUCCAGAUAAACCUUUUUUUAUGGAUCUUGGCUGCUUUUUACUAAAAGGUUGCUUUUGUGAGCAUAUUUAUACUACAGAAGGAUGAGUGUUAAUUUUAACCAACUUUGCCAUUUUGUAGAAGAGAGUUAAAAACAUUCACAUGAUAAAUCCCAAGUCUUUUUCACCUGUCAUGCAUGCAUAUUUUAAUAUCUAUUUGGAUAGCCAGAAGUAGAAUUAUAAAGGUAAAAUAUGAGUUAUCACUUUGUUCCUUAAGAAAUGUCAUACUUUAUUUGUAAUAUUUAUCUAAAGGGCCAUUCUUAAGUUUUCUUUCUUAAACUUAAUGCUGUCAAGUGUUAGAUAUGUGCAUGUAAACCUGUUGCACAUCAGAAACAUAUUCAAAGUUUAUCUAUGUAACUUAUUUGCUCUAUAAAUACAUUUAAAGUUUUUGUGAUGUAAUUUUGGUUGGUAUUCUGUUCAGAGCUACUUUUAGACUAAAAAAUAGAAAAUACAAAAUACAUAUUGACCAUGGACUUUAUUUCUGAUUAAUGAAGAUUUUUGCCUUUAACACACUUUACAGUUUUAGAUGUGGGUUGCCACAGUGGUAGCCUAAGGGGAACCAUUUAUGUGUUUCAUAAAUGGCAGCCAUUGGGGUUGUUCAG